AUGUCUUCUCCGCGCCGCCGCAUCGAGACGGACGUCAUGAAGAUGCUCAUGAGCGACUAUGAGGUGACUCUGGUCAACGACAACAUGCAGGAAUUCUUCGUCAAAUUCAAGGGUCCCGCGGAGACUCCCUUUGAAGGCGGCAUCUGGAAAGUCCACGUUGAGCUUCCGGACCAGUACCCGUACAAGUCCCCCAGCAUCGGUUUCGUCAACCGGAUUUUCCACCCAAAUAUCGAUGAACUGUCCGGGUCUGUCUGCCUGGACGUUAUCAACCAGACCUGGUCGCCCAUGUACGAUAUGAUCAACAUCUUCGAGGCAUUCCUGCCGCAGCUGCUCCGCUACCCAAACCCAUCCGACCCGCUGAACGGAGAGGCCGCUGCCCUGUUGCUUCGGGAUCCCAGUCUUUAUGACGCCAAGGUCAAGGACUACGUCCAAAGGUAUGCGUCAAAGAAUGCAGUGGACGACGCCGGAGCCGAGAGCGAAGACGACGACGACCUUUCCUCGGUAGGAAGCUACAAUGACGACGAAGAAGAGGCGCAGCCCGCCGGCCAGAUGGACGAUGUAUGA